UUCCGAUUGAGCGGCAGCGGAGCUCGUGCCUCGUGAUUCCUCUGAUUCCUCUGAUUCGACUCGAUUCGAUUCUCAGCUGCUGCCCGCCUGGCCUGUCGCGUCUGCCCGACGUUUAUCCGACGUGAAAAUUAACAAGAAAUUAAAUAAGCCCGAAAAGGAAUCCCAGUGAGCGAUUGCGGCAAGUGCAGUUCAUUUUUCAGUGCAAUUAAAAUAGAGAUUUCUCCGGAUCCGUCAAGCUGAACGGAUGCGGCUCGUAAUGCCAAAGUUAAGCGUCAAACUAAUGUAUUGCCACUAGAGGCACAGUGUUCCCGUCGCUGUCAUCGCCUGCCUGCGCCAAGAAUUUAUGGAAUUUGGCAUUUUGUGAAUUUAGCGAAAAUAUUUUCAUUGAGUGCCCCAAGCAAAUGUUUUUACGUGCUAUGUCGUCUCUCGGCUAGAAAUAAAAUGCACAAAAAGCAACGCGAAAAUCUCAAAUAUUCACGUGCGAAUUCCCAGCGCUUAUAAUUUUAAUUACUAUUCAAAUUAACGGCAAACAAAACCAAACGGCAAACAAAACCAAACGGCAAACGACCCCAUAAAAGCAUCAGUUUUAAUCUACCCCUAAUACAUAAAAUAUAUAAUAUAAAACCCAUGCCAGAUUUGUGAAUUGGUAAAAUUUUUUACAUUUUCCAAAAGUGCACCAUAAUACAUGAUAAAUAUCUUGGGAAAUAUUUAGUAAAUCUUGCGGUAUUAAAAACCUGGAAAAUCUUUGUGGAUUAUACGACUUUCAAUUGCAUUUUCGCCGAUGGUUCAACGGAAACGCGGAUGAGAAGCAAAACUGGAGUUCCAACGCCGAAGGGAGUGACAUGGAAUGGCGUGGAGUGGCUGUGGCCGUGUAAAAUAGAAAACAAACGCAGCAGCAAUCAACAAUCAACAGUCCACAAUCCACAAUGUGGAAAUGAUAAUUGCAAUUGCCUGGCGGAGCAAACAAAGCAAAAACCACUGAAGACCUGUGAGGGGGAGCAGGAGAAAAGGCCAAGAUAGAAAAUACUCACGAACGGGAACUCGCAAAUUCAAAGAAAAAGACGUUUGUGAAAAAAAGAAAAAAAAGCAAUAGAAAGAGAGAGAGGAGAAAAGAGCCAAAUAGAAGAAAGAAAAAAGAGAAACAAACAACAAAAGUUUCAACAAAAAAGACGAAAAGCAAUUAAAGCUCUGGAUACAAACGCGAUGGUGUUUUACAAUAUGUAAAUAUAAUUAGCCGAGCGGAGUUUUCAUUCCUGGAAUUUCGCCAGCCAACAACAAGACACGCCACCACCACCACCACCAUUACCGCCAGCUUUGAGUAGUCGAGAGCAGAGUAGAAGCCGGUUUUAUAAUAACACCAAGUUAGCUUUUCCUCUCUCUUUAAUCUCUCUGUGAGUUGAGCUUAACAGAAGCUCUAGCCGGGCCCAGAGGCCUAGGCGCAGCUUAAAGAAGAUUACGAUUCCGAUUCCGAUCGUUUUUCGAUUCCAAUUGCGACCCGACCCUGACAAUUGGUGAUUCCAAAUUCCAAAUCAAUUUCCAAUCGUUUCGGGACAAAAACUGUGAUAACUCUGUGCGUGUAUCGUGUACUGUGACUAUUAGUCGCUUGGUGUGUCGGUGUGUUGUGUUGCAAUUGCGGUUGCGACAAUGGCAGUGUCCUGUCCCGAAGUUAUGUACGGUGCCUACUAUCCAUAUCUGUAUGGGCGCGCUGGACCAAGUCGUUCAUUCUAUCAGUAUGAGAGGUUCAAUCAGGAUUUGUACUCCUCGUCGGGCGUUAAUUUGGCCGCCUCAUCGAGUGCCUCUGGCAGCUCGCACUCCCCCUGCAGUCCCAUUCUACCGCCCUCGGUAAGCGCCAAUGCUGCUGCAGCGGCGGUGGCAGCCGCGGCGCACAAUAGUGCAGCAGCGGCAGUUGCCGUGGCAGCGAAUCAGGCGGGCACCUCCGGGCUGCAACUGGGCGUUGGAGUCGGUGGCUCUGGCGGUGGAUUGCUGGGUAGCAACGUGCCCGGGAGUAGUAGUGUUGGCAGCGUCGGACUUGGCAUGAGUCCGGGUCUGAGUGGAGCCGCUGGACACUCGCUGCACAGUCGGACGCACACGCAUACGCAUUCGCAUCCACAUUCGCACCCGCAGACACAGACGCACACCCACUCACAUCCGCACUCACACCCGCACCCGCAUACGCAUACGCAUCAAACCAAAGAAGAGGAUCUCAACGUGCCACGCAGCGAAGCUGAAGCACGUUUGGUGGGCUCUCAACAGCACCAGCAUCACAACGAAUCAUCCUGCUCCUCCGGCCCGGAUUCACCGCGCCACGUGCACGCGCACAGCCUAGCGCUGCAUGGCGGCGGCGGCGGGGCGCCAGUGGGUGCAUCGUCAGCGGGCGGGACGGCCACGGGCGCCAUACCCAAGGAACUGCCGACCCUGGAUGCCCCACAGCCGGUCGGCGGCAAUAGCCAGGGGCAAGCUCAGUAUCUGUCGGCCACCUGCGUUGUAUUCACCAACUACUCGGGCGACACGGCCAGCGUGGUCGAUGAGCAUUUCUCCCGCGCCCUCAACUACAACAACAAGGACACUAAAGAGAGCCAGAGUCCCAUGUCGACGCGCAACUUCCCACCAUCGUUCUGGAACAGCAAUUACGUGCACCCUAUACCCGCGCCCACACAUCCUCAGGUCGACUUGUAUGGCACGGCGACGGACACUGGCUAUGCCACAGAUCCAUGGGUGCCUCAUGCAGCGGCAGCCCACUACGGUUCCUAUGCACAUGCAGCGCAUGCGCACGCAGCCCACGCACACGCCUACCACCACAACAUGGCCCAAUACGGUAGCCUGCUCAGGCUGCCACAGCAGUACGCGAGCCACGGUUCAAGACUUCACCACGACCAGCCGACGGCCCAUGCCCUGGAGUACUCGAGCUAUCCCACAAUGGCAGGUCUGGAGGCACAAGUGCAGGAAACGUCAAAGGAUCUGUACUGGUUCUAGGUAGAAGCGAAGAAUCAACGACCAUAAAAAUGUAUAAACUCCGAUGGAGGGAAAAUCAAACUCUCAAGAUAUUAAGGAUUGGGGGAAGAGCCUCAGUCGGUUACUGGAAUCGCUUCUUAAGCAGCCUGCAGUCUGUGUUUCUGUGUGAGCAAAACAAUACAACAGAAUAACGAAAUUUAAUUUUAAUUUUACCCGUAAUGAUUAACGUUAAACUAUACUUCGUACACACACACACACACACAAAUUGUAAACAAUUUUUCGCGCAUUAAGCACUAGGAUUUUUCAGAGUAAUUUUUGAUUUUGUAAGUUUAGCAUCCCAUAUCAGCAAGUUAGAGCAUACAUAUACAUAAAUAUAAUGCAUAUACACUCUAAACAUAAAUAAAAUAAAUAUACAAAUACUUAUACAUAUAAAUCAAUAUAUAUAUAUACAUACGGGUGUGCAUUGGCACUCGUUGAGCCUGCGUUGAUAACAUUUAAUAAUCGACAUUUCUUGUAUAGUUAACGCGAACUUGAAAAAUACACUUAAAGCCACACAAAACCACAAAGAGUUAAGAGUUUAUUUUGUUUAAAAACAAUUCAAUUUUUGCAAUUUCAAACAAAUUAGGUUAACA